AUGGCAUUUUUCUUAGUUACAUCUGGUGUUGUUGCUGAAGAAAAGUUCACUGUAGGCUCCAAUGAUGGUGGCAUUGAAAGUAUUAAAUUACAUUUCGGCUGUGGUCUUAAACAAAGGAACUUCGAAAAAUUUAUCGGUAAUAAUCAUUUGAAUGGAAAACCUGAUCUUAUUGUAGGAAUACUUGGUCUAGGACGAGGACAACGGUAUUUUUUAAAUCAAUUAGGUGUUGUUGGAGAAGAUACAUAUUUAAGGUUUGGCGCAGAUGCGACAAUUGGAGACGUAGGUCAAAUUGUACAUACAACUCCUCUUGUUGUGCCUCAGUCUGAGACAUCGCUUUAUUACUUAACUCUAGAAGAUAUUAGUGUCGGUAACAAAAGAGUUGGAUUUACUAGAGGUACUUUUAAGCUUAACAGUCAAGGAGGAGGCGGUAUUGCAAUAGAUUCUGGUACUCCAAUAUUUGGGAUGUAUAAAGAUCAUUUUGAUAGAGUUGCAGAUUUGGUGAAGGAACAUUUUAAAAAAAAUUGGAAUUGA